AUGACGGGGCCGGCGUGGCUGCGAGGAGCUCUGUAUGCGGUUCACGUGAGCGCUUGCUUCACUGAGGCCAUGCCGGCAAGCGCACCUCCAUUUUGGGCCCGGCUGGGAGGGGAAGAUGAGAGCAAGAGAUGUCACAGAAAUAAACCAGAGGCAGUAGAAGUAACAUUUGCAGACUUUGAUGGAGUCCUUUACCAUAUUUCAAACCCUAAUGGAGACAAGACAAAAGUGAUGGUCAGUAUUUCUCUGAAAUUCUACAAGGAACUCCAGGAACAUGGGGCUGAUGAGGUAUUGAAGAAAGUCUAUGGAAACUACUUAGUAAAUCCUGAAUCAGGUUACAAUGUCUCUUUGCUCUACGACCUGGAGAACCUUCCUGCAGACAAGGACGCUAUUGUGCACCAAGCUGGCAUGUUGAAGCGCAACUGCUUUGCUUCUGUCUUUGAGAAGUAUUUCAAAUUCCAGGAAGAGGGCAAAGAAGGAGAGAAAAGAGCUGUCAUCCACUACAGGGACGAUGAGACAAUGUAUGUUGAGGCAAAAAAGGACCGCGUCACGGUUGUGUUCAGCACGGUAUUUAAGGAUGACGAUGACGUGGUGAUCGGAAAGGUGUUUAUGCAGGAGUUCAAGGAGGGUCGCCGGGCCAGUCACACAGCCCCACAGGUGCUCUUCAGCCACAGGGAGCCGCCCUUGGAGCUGAAAGACACAGACGCAGCCGUUGGCGACAAUAUUGGCUACAUCACCUUUGUGCUGUUCCCUCGUCACACCAAUGCUGCUGCCAGAGACAACACCAUAAACCUGAUCCACACAUUCCGGGACUACCUGCACUAUCACAUCAAGUGCUCGAAGGCCUAUAUUCACACGCGUAUGAGGGCGAAAACAUCGGAUUUCCUUAAGGUGCUGAAC